CUCUGCCCAUCUUUUUCUCCUGUAUACUCUAAUAUUUUCUUUUAUUUCUUUUAUUUUGGCUUUCUGCAAUUUCAGUCAUCUAUAAGCUAUUUGGGUCUUAUUAAUCUCUUAUCGUUAAAUAUCAUGCUCUAUCAUUUAGGACUCAGUUCGGAAAAUUACAUUAGGUGAUAAGCUUCUCUUUACACGCUGUUAUUUAUAAAAUAUUUUAAAAAUAUUCGAAUAUCACAGUUUUACAUUUUCUUUAAUUCUCUCAAAAGUCUCUAAAUGCACGCUCCGUUUUCUUCAAGAUCCCUUUAUAUAUAUUUCUAGUCACAACACAAUCUUCCUAAUUUGAUAAAUUUUCCUUUGAAUCGUUAAAAAAUGAUUAAGACUAGGCUUCCUGUUGAAUUAUUACCUGAAAUUAUUAAUCGUUUGCCAUUAAAUGCUAGGUGGGCAGAGUUACGCGUUUCUUUAGUUUUCGACCUUUUUUUAUUAUCAGCUCAAAAAGAAGCGAUUAUUUUAAAAGAUAGUUAUUUCGGAGUUAUCUCUGCUGGAAUUGGACGUUUGGAAGCUCUACGUGCUCUUGUUGGACGUACUCGUACCAUUGACGGACUCAAGCUUUUGGCCACUAAAUUGACAUUCAUAUAUCGUGCUUCACAACCUGUUCCGGACCGUAUCAUGGCUAAUGAGUUUAAGCAAGAGUAUCGACAAAUCGACACAACCUGGUGGAACAUUCGUGAGGACUACACAAUUGCGAAUAUGCGUGUUGUGGUUAAUGAGCGUAUAACUUGCAUCAUAAAUCUCUUCGAUCUGCAAAUUCGUUAUCGGGAGCUGGUUCUGAAUUCUACUGACUUUGAUUUGUUUCCCAAUCAUAAUGAGUUGUGGGACAAGAUUAUUUUCGAAUGA